AUGGCGGCGCGGAAACGGAACGAAUAUCUUGACAUCGAGUCGAGUGAAGGCGAGGGGAGUGAGGGGGGCUAUGAUUCUGAGGCGGUGCAGGAGGCUAAGGGGAAAGGGCGGAAUACAACAUUGGGGACGGUGAUGGGACGAGAGAGGAAGAGGAGGAAGGUAUUUGAGGAUGCGGAUAGCGGCGAGGGGGAGGAUGGGGUUGGCGAUGGGGAUAACGAGGCAGCAGCUAUGGGCGAUGCAGAGACAUUUGUGAAACGCAGCGAUGAAGUGGAGGGGGGAGCGGACGAGGACGAGAACGAGGAGAAAACACGCCGCAAAGACAUCUCAACAACAACAACAACAGCAGCAGCAGCAGCAGCAGCAACAACAGCAACAGCAACAACCAAACCCAAAUCCCUAAAACCCCGCAAAGACAAAACAGGCGUCAUCUACUUCUCCUCGCUCCCACCCUACCUCAAACCCUCCGCUCUAAAAUCCCUCCUAACCCAGCGAGGCUUCAGCCCCAUCACCAAAAUCUUCCUAUCCCCGCACACGCCCCGCCCCUCCACCUCCAAACGCCCCACCACCAACCGCCGCCGCACCUACACAGACGGUUGGGUCGAAUUCGCCUCCAAGCGCACCGCCAAGAUCUGCGCGCAGACCCUCAACGCCACCAUCGUCGGCGGCAAGAAGGGCGGCUGGUACCACGACGACGUGUGGACUAUGAAGUACCUGCGCGGCUUUAAGUGGGGGGAUCUGAUGGAGCAAGUUCAGCGGGAGAGGUCCGAGAGGGAGGCUAGGAGGCGGAUUGAGGAUGCGAGGGCUCGGAGGGAGGAGAGGGUGUUUGUGGACGGGGUGGAGAGGGGGAGGGUCGUUGAGGGGAUUAGGAGGAAGAGGGUUGAGAAGGGGAGGGAGAAGGGAAAGCAGGGGGUGGAUGGUGAUGGUGAUGGUGAUGGUAGUGGAAUGGCUGGCAUUGAUGUUAGGAGAGUGUUUAGGCAGAAUGAGGUUCGGGCUGGUGGAAAGGAUGGGGAGAAGGCGUUGGAUGCGGAUGUGAAGAGGGUGUUGGGGAAGAUAUUUUAG